CCCAGUAGUUGGUUGUUGAUCUUACUCAAUAAAUGUAGAAUUUUCGAGUGUCCUAUCUAGUGUCGAGUAGUUCGAGUGUUAACCAACAGCUUAUGGUUCCAGCUGCCUUCACUAAUUAAUCUAUAGCAGCUGGUUAGUGCUUUAUGUUUGGUCAUUAAUGGAUUCACCAGUUAUUUUAGUAUGCAGGUUUGUUUCACCAUUGACUGCAAAAAAAAAAAAAAAGACAAAUUCACUCUCCGUCUCCCUUUAUAAAAGAAACUAGACUUCACAAAAAUCAACCAUUUUUUUUCCUCUCUACUGUGACUGCAGCCUAAUUUAUGCAACGUAUUUAGGUAUAUUAUGGAAAAUACUAAAGAUGGCAAAAAAACUAUUGAGGAUAGAGUAAAUUUACUGUUGAUUUCAGUAUAGUAGUAAUAUAUAUAUUUUACAUAACAGAGAUUUCUGCUUCUUUUUUUUUUUUUACACACAUCGUUCUCACUGACUUUCUCAUAUAUUUUCGGUUCUUGUCAGAUUAUUAUUAAAAGAACAAGAUGCAUAACACAAAGAUUUUCAUGCCCCCUCCCCUGAGCACCACUAGCGAUGGCGACCUACUGUCGCAAAAAAAAAAAAAAAAUGCGUCAAGGAACCUUCAUGCAAUGUCCCUAUGUAAAAUCAGGAGAAACACUUAUUUCAUUAUAGCCUCUUGUGCCUUCAAUGAUAGGAAAACCAAUAUUUCAAUACCACUUAUGUUCAGAAAUGUGAUGGAUCAAAAAUUUAGAGACCUUUUUUCGCUUGGGGAUAUCAUUCAUAUUUGUGGAAGUCCAGGAUCAGGCAAGACCCAGCUGGUUUUACAGCUUUGCGUUUGUGUGCAAAUACCAAAAUUCCUUCAUGGUCUUGGAAGUGAAGCUAUAUUCAUUGACACUGAUUCAGGUUUCUCGAUUGCAAAGAUCUCAGAGAUAGCAGAAGCUGUGGUUGAUGAAUGCAAAAAUUUAGGUCAGUGCCAUGAUAAAAGGGAAAAUGUCAAUGAGUUUACGGUUGAAACCAUAUUAAAAAAAAUCCACUACCUACAGAUUUCGAGCUACCAUGAACUACUUGCUGCUGUCCAUAGUCUGCACAGCUUUCUUACUAAACACUUAAUGGUGAAAUUAAUAGUCAUCGAUUCAUUGGUAUUCCCUUUUAUUGGAAUGAGCAAUACUUUAGAGCGCACAAGACUUGUUUUGACAGUAAUCAAUAAGCUCCAUCACCUGGCAGGAAUGUUCAACUUAGUGGUGGUAAUUACAAAUCAUAUGGUUACAAAAGUCACAAAGCAGACCAGUUAUAUUUUACCUUCAAUGGGUGAGAGUGUUUCUCACAGCAUUCCACAAACUCUUUGGUUGCACAAAGUUGGAAAUCACUUCUAUGCUACUGUUCUCAAAAGCAACAAACUACCAAAUUCAGAAAUUAUGUUGGAGGUACCAAGAAGAGGCCAGCAAAUAUGGGAAAAGUAGCUGACAUUCAGUGACAAAAAACAAGAAAAAGAACAUUCGAGUGGCAGAAACAAACCUAAAAGGUGUAGGAUGGGUAAAAAUGCCCCACAGAAAAACAUCUACAUAUAUUAUAAGUAUAAAUAAUAACCAAAUAAAAUUGUUAAUUCUUUCA